GGGGUGUCCUAGUUGCCUCAAUCUAGCUUGCUCGCAGUCACCGCUAUUUGCUGGGAAUAACGUUAUUGCUGGGCAACUGAGACGAUUAUCAGUACGACUCGCCGUUUGACUGGGUUGGGCAUUGUGAACACGUUGGAUAUAGCAAAAGCAGAGGAAAAGCUGGAUAUCCGUGUGAAAAGAGGGGAUGACGUAGCGGCCUGUGAGCGUGUGUGUCAGUAGCUGUAGUCAUGAGUGUGACGUCCUGGUUCCUGGUGAGUGGGGGGGGCACGCGACACCGCCUCCCCCGGGAGAUGAUCUUUGUGGGCCGCGACGACUGCGAACUCAUGCUGCAGUCUCGGAGUGUGGACAAGCAGCAUGCAGUGAUCAACUACGAGCUCGUCAGCGAUGAACACAAAGUCAAGGACCUGGGAAGCCUCAACGGAACAUUUGUGAAUGACGUGAGGAUCCAGGACCAAACAUACAUUACUCUGAAGAUGGAUGACAAGUUGCGUUUUGGAUAUGAUACCAACCUGUUUACUGUGGUACGAGGAGAGAUGCAUGUGCCAGAGGAGGCACUUAAGCAUGAGAAGUUCACCAGUCAGCUGCAGCUGUGCAAGACUCCCCCCAACGGAGAGGCAGCCAAGACAUCCGCCAAGACCUCUAAACCGGCCAGCGCCAAGACCCCCGAGAGCAAGGCAGCCAAGCCCAUCACCGCCUCCCCCAGCAAGGCUGCAGACACACACAAGGGGGACGACAAGACCGCAGGGGACAUAGCUGCGCUCCACAGAGGAACGCCACUGUACGGCCAGCCGUCGUGGUGGGGUGACGGGGACGCCGACGAUGAGAACUCCUUCAAGCAGGAGACCAAGACGUCCGGCAAGAAACAGGAGAACGAGAGCAGGGAAGGCAAGAGGGCGGAGAGGGAGAGGGAGAGGGACAGGGCCAAGCAGCCCAAGCAGAAUGGCCUGGCACCUGGUGCUCCCAUAGGGGCGGCCACCGCCACCGCCGACGCCGGCUACCUGGAGCUCCCCAGCAAGGACAAGGGCAUGUCCAACAGCAGCAUCCACGAGAUCCCCACCAAAGACACUGAGGGCUCGGCCGCUGCUGCGAACGCCCACCAUCCCAGCGGUGCCUCCAACACCUCUCAAGGCCACGCGUCCUUCACCAUCGAGUUUGACACGGCCUCGCCAGGCAGGGUGACCAUCAAGGACCACCGUGGAGGAGGUCGGAGUGCCGGGAAAAAGUCAGGCCAGGCGGGGCUGGGCACCCUGCAAUCGGCCAUGAUGGCCUCCGAGACGAAGGUCGCCGAUUGGCUGGCCCAGAACGACCCGCCGAUGGUGCGGCGCGAGUCCGCGGAGGAGGACAGCAAGACCAUCAAGAGCGACGUGCCCGUCCACUUCCGGAGGCUGAAAGGCAGCAAGCAUGAGGACGGCACGCAGAGCGACUCGGAGAACGGCCUGGGCCAACAUCGGCUGGGCAGCAGCCGCCACCGUCAGCAGCAGCAGCAGCAGGCGGCCCUGGAGGAGCGGCUGAGGGCUGUGGCAGCCUCCGCGUCCCAAUCCGCCUCCGCGCGCAGCAAAGCGGGCAGCGGCGACGGCCAGUCCCCGUCCUCCUCCAGCCGCACGGCCUUCAUGAUCGAGUUCUACGACGAGGACAACCCCCGCAAGCGCCGCUCCUACUCCUUUUCCCAGACCGCACCUCUGCUUCCUGGUGUCGGAGGAGGGCCCACGUCGGCAGUCUCCACAGAGCACCUUUCUCCAGCGCCGCCGCCCACACGCCCCUCCCAUAAAGCAGGCUCCACAGGCGGAGGCAUAGGCAUAGGCGUAGGCAUGGCCACGGAAGGUAAUGGUAAAGGGGGGAGUGGCUCCUCGCCCUCUCCCCUGGCUCUGGUGGCCCCCACGGCAGCUAGGCUGCUACAGAAGCAGAGGGAGGAACAGCAGCAGCAGCAGUUGCAGUUGCAGCAGCAGCAGAUGCAACAGCAGAUGGGGGUCAGUGGCAACAACGUCCCGUCCUCCACGCGGAGCUCGGCGCCCACAGGCAAGUCGGCCAGCCCCACGGAGGAGAGCCACACCAAGCAGGAGGGGGACGACCACAGUGACAAGGGCACCUACACCAUCGAGCUGGAGAACCGCAACCCCGAGGAGGAGGAGGCCCGCCGCAUGAUCGACAAGGUGUUCGGGUUGGAGGCGGGCCAGGAGCGGCCCGGAGGCGGCCCACAGAAGACGGAGGGCAAGGCCAGCGACAGCAAGAAGCCCAGCAGCAAAACAACCGAGGUCAUCAUUGACGAGCAGGUUGCCGUGGGCAGUCCCCACUGGGUGUCACAAUGGGCCAGCCACGCAGCCAAUCACACGCGCACAGACCCCGAAGGUUCCGGAGCGGAACCCUCUGCAUUCGUCCACCAGGAGAGAGAGGCCGAGGCCUUCGACUCCACCUUGUCCCAGAGGAGCACCGGCUCCACGCCCUCCAGCCUGACCCAGGAGCGCAAGAGGAGGACGCUGCCCCAGCUGCCCGCCGACGACAAGGCCAAGCUGGGCAGCAAGGCGGCGCUGGGCGCCCUGGGCCUGGGCCUGCGCUCAGAGAUCGGGGAGAAGCAGGACACCGAGCCCCAGGAGAAGGAGAACCACAACGGGGGCGGUGACGGCCACAGCCUCGUGGAGGGCAAGCCUGUGGGGGUUGUCACAGCUAAUGGGGUAGCAGCGGUGAUAUUAGAGAGCAAGGAGGGCGGUCGAAAACGGAGAGGAGGAGGAGGUGGGACGGGUAGUGGACAGGAGGGGCGUGGCAGCGGUAGCGACACCGGAGAGAAGUCAGGCGGACGCCCGCUAGUCAGACAGGGUAGCUUCACCAUCGAUCGGCCCAGCGGCGCCGUCCCCACCGAACUCAUCCCCAUCAUCGGGCGCGGGGACGGCAGCGGGGUUGCCCCCCCGACGGCCACCAAGGGGCGCGAACGCAGCGACUCGGCCGGGUCCAUGGACACUGCCACCCUGCUGAAGGACACGGAGGCCGUCAUGGCCUUCCUGGAGGCCAAGCUCCGUGACGAGGGCGUGAGGCAGGACAAGAGAGGUGGAGGCUCUAACACCAUCUCAGCAACCUCCUCGUCCUCGCUCUCCAAGAGCCAGCGUCAUCGCGGCGGCGGUGGUGGCGGCGGGGGCUCGAUAUCUCCGGAGUCGGACGUGGACACCAACAGCACGGUGAGCCAGACGGCGGCCGAGGCCGAGCGCGCCGCUGCCAAGGCGAUGCAGCCGGUGAAGAGGCGCUCCCUCAGCAGUCUGCACCGGGAGAAGAGCAACGCCAGCACGGCCUCCAUGGCGACACGCGGUGGCGGUGGCACGUCCUCCACGACCACCGCCAACGCAGCCUCGGCCCGCGAUCGCCUGGACAAGAAAUCCAAGAGCCGCACCACCACCGCCGGUCAGGCGUCUUCUACCCGGGGACGCCAGCCCUCGCUGGACCUCACCGACGACGACCUGACCUCCUCGCACCCUCUCUCCACCAUGUCGGACGUGCUCUCCUCCGACCAGGACACUCCGUCCAGCCGCUCCUACGGCGGGCGCGGCGGCCACUUCGCCUCCACCGAGGACCUGGUGCUCCACAAGGCCUCCUCGUCCACCUCCCUCCACCACAUCAGGGGCACCUCCUCCCGGGUCAGCAAGACUUCGCUGCACGCCAGCACGGGGAGCCUGGCCACCAAGAGCAGCCAGCAGCAGAGCGGGGCCGGAGCUCUGCCCACGCCCAGGCCCACGCGGGCGUCCCUGCUGAGGAGGGCCCGGCUGGGGGACACCUCGGACAACGACCUGGCGGACGCCGACCGUGUCUCGGUGGCUUCAGAGGUGUCCACCACCAGCUCUACGUCUCGGCCCCCAUCAGGCCGGAAGCCGCCCUCGCGCAUCGACAUGCUGGCGCAGCCUCGCCGCACCCGCGUGGGCUCCGUCUCGGCCCGCAGCGACUCGGAGGCUACAGUGGGGGUGCGCAGCACGGCCAGCAGGGUGUCCGCCGAAACGGUACUGCGGCUGGGCCUGAGGCAGCCGUCGGGGCAUGGAGGGCUCACGGCUAAGAACAGGUCCAGCAGUAUAUCCAAGCUGACAGAGGUCAAAACCAAGGUCACGCCACCUACGCACGGCUCUCCUUCAGAGAGCCCAGACCCCGAUGCAGAAACUUCAUCUGUCCCCACGGAUGAUACAAUGGGUACCGUACUAGCAUCUACGGGCCUGAGUUUGUUGGGCACCCGAUGGCGUCGCCUGGCUCCCGAGUACGCCUCCACCUCGGAGGACGAGUUUGGAUCCAGCCGCACCGCUGCCUCCAAGCAUGGGCGCACGCUGCGCGCUCCGCCCGCCCUGAGGACCUCCCGACUGGGCAGCGGGGGCAGCUCGGCGCCCCCCACCCCUGGAGCCGGAGUCGGAGCCGGCGGCAUGCUGCUCAAGCACCGCGGCCGAGAGCACGACGAGUACAUACGCGACUGGACCGCGCACAGUGAGGAGAUAGCCAGUGAUGUGGCUGCGCUUCUGUCUGGGAGCUGCAGUGAGCAGCCUGUCACCUCUAGAGGCAUCAGCAAGCGUCACCGCAGGAUCAGCCAGGACCUGGCCAAGGACCUGGCCAUCUUGGCGCGGGAGAUCCACGACGUGGCGGGCGAGAUCGACUCGGUCAGCUCCUCGGGCACGGCACCCAGCACCACCGUCAGCACCGCCGCCACCACGCCAGGCUCGGCCAUCGACACCCGCGAGGAGACCAAGGGCGAAGUGUCUGCCUCUUCCAUCUUCCAGCUGGUGGACCGCGUGUUUGACGAGAGUCUAAACUUCCGGAAGAUUCCCCCUGUGAUCCAUAGUAAGGCCCCUGAGGUGAACGGCCGGCCGGUGGAGCUGAGGCCCCGCGCCCCCGACAGCCUGGACACACAGAAGGCCCUCCGCGACCGCGACCGCCGCCGCACCUGGAACCGAGAAGAUGCUGUGUUGGACAGUCUGCUCCUGCACUCCGUCUCCCAGCUGUCUGGCAAGAUCCGCCAGUCUGUGGACAAGACUGCAGCUAAGAUCAGGAUAUUGUUCAAGGACAAGGAUAGAAACUGGGAUGACAUUGAGAGCAAGCUCCGAGCAGAAAGCGACAUUCCACUCCUCAAGACUACCAACAAGGAAAUUUCUUCCAUCCUAUUGGAACUGAAACGGGUGGAGAAACAGCUUCAAGUGAUCAACGUGAUGGUGGACCCCGACGGCACCCUGGAUGCCUUAACCAGCCUCGGCCUUACCAGCCCCACGCUCACCAAGCCCCGCGUCAGCCCCACCAGCUCCCAGACCCCUCCAGCAGCCCCGCUGCCCGGCCCCGGUGCCACCACCACCAAGGCUCCCCCAUCGGGUGCCACCUCCCCUGGGGACUGCCAGAGGGAAGUGGGCCUCAGCUUCGCCUCAGCUCGCGCCCUCCCCAGCGGAGAGGAGGCGGCCGCCGUCGCCAGCAAGUGAGCAGAGGUGGAUGAUGACGAGACCAGACGUGACAUGGCACACCUCACCUCACCGUCCACGGACCUCCUUACAGCACACGCAGAGAGAGAGAGAAAGAUGUUAUUUUGGUCUUUAUACUCACAAAUACACACACACACAUACACAGACACACAUACAGUACAUACAUACUCACAAAACACACACACACACCAGAAGCAUCUUUCUGUAACUGACGGACAGAACAUAUGGACAGAAAGUGUAUAUAAAUACGUAUAUGUGUAUCCCCAAUCCCUAAAAAGCCCCCACACUCCCUCCAAGUUAACCACUCGUCCCCUACUAUUAUUCCCCUGUAGCUCUGUGUAAUUGUUCACACAAUUGUUCACACCACUGAUGGAAACGUUUCCUUUCAUGGCGGGACCCUGCAGGUGACAAAUUCAGCCAGCUGACUGUUUUCCCACAUCAUGGACCUUACUCUUAAUCACACACGGAGAUGAGCGCACAAACCUAACUGUAAGCUACGUGCGUGUGUGUGUGUUUGAGAGAGGAAUCUUGGGAGCAACCUACGGAAGUGGCAAUGUCAUCGGAACGGACUAAAGCAGCCACCUCAACCGCAAACUGCUGGUUUGAUUGGACUGUUAUCGCCAGUGUGUUUUCUUCUUCUCUGUCAACGGAUUUCAAUUCUGGGGUGUGUUGCAGGGUGGAGCAGGGGUGUUGGGUUGGGUAAUGUUGUUGGGGCUUUAGAGCAGGAAAAGCGUGGAUUAGAAAUGUCUCCUCCUUAUCUUCAGAGUAACCAACCGCUUUACACAUGUUAACCACUACGACAACAAAAGCCGUUAUUUUAUAUUUGUGCCAGAGCCCAUUGUGGCUUACCUUACUGAAAGGGGUUUGAGUUGCAGUAGUCUGGAAAUGCCAAGGCAAGUCACACAGCUCUUAAUACUCCUCUGUUUAGCCCUUGAAGAUUGUAAAUCCUUCUCCUUUCAAUUUACUGAUAAACUGGACAAGAAUGCAGUUUAGUGAGCCCGCUGCAGCUUGGUUUAGUGACUGUUGCAAUGGUGUACACAGGAUCGAUGUUGACACACACAGAAACGCAGAAGACUCAAUAGCGCUCUGCUGUUAUGCAGUAGUGCCAUCUUGUGGCCAAUCUAGAGAACUGACCAUAUGUGUUCUGUUACUUUACGGGCACCUAACCUCACAACUGUACUGUUGGUACUGUAUACAGCACUACAUUGAACUGGGGAACUGGGAGCUACUUCAAAACACAUGCCUCUUCAAUAAUACAGCUUCAACUAUAUUCCACAUCUCAGAAUCAGACAUAUUUUGCAGAUUCCCUUCGUCAUAUUAUGAUAUCUUUGCUUGAGGUUCAGACAUUUGGCCUUAAGGUUUAUACGGUCUGAAGCAAUACAGUGUGUGCUUAAACAUUGACUUAUGCAGCCAUCCUUACUACACUGUAGAUGGAUAGGUCUCAAGUUCUUUGUCAGUUCACAGCUUAGCUAGCUACCUGUCCGUUAAGUGACCUACAUUUUUUUUAAAGAGUUCCCAGGUAACCAAAGUUCAUGUGAUAUGCAGCAGCCUCCCAGCAAUUGUACAAGAAAUGUGAUUUCAAGUUUUCUGUUUUGUAAACAAAGACUUUUCUCAAUGACAUAACAAAGUGCUUUAGAAUUGUUUUGACCUGACUUGUCUUUUAGCAUUUUCGACCUCAAAUCUUGUAACCGUUACUCGAUGAGAAAUAUAACGCAACUUUUGUCUCUUGACACAGUAUACUUUUUAUACUGUUUUAAACUCUUCUGGAUGUGUAAUGGUAGAAACACAGUAGAUGUUGCUUGUGUGUACUGACCAAUUCUGAAUGACAACACGGUAGCAUUUCUUAUGACCUGCCUUACUUUUCUUUGAAACCUUUUUUAAAAAAGGAAAGUUUCAACCCUGCUGUCCUUAAUAGUUUCUAGUAAGAUAUAGAACAGAAUGUGCUGUUUGUUGUUGGUUUGUUUUUGUUUUAGCUCCGGCUAGUCGAUUUGUUACAUGUACUUGUGAAAUGCCCCAACACAUAUUAUUGAAUCCAAUUCUGAAUGACGUUGCCAUGCCAGAUGGAAAAUGCUGAAUUAUCGUACCAAAACUUCAAAACUAUAGUUUUUGUGGGCUUUUGGGGAGGAAAUUAUCGUACAAGACCCAAAUUGUUGUCUCAAGGCAUCUAAAUGAACUGAAUGAAAACUUUGAAAUUGUCGUACAUCAUAGGGUUUUUUAAUCGCACAGAGGACAAAAUAGACAAAGUUAUGGUACAAAUACGAUAAUUAUCAUUCAUCUGGCAACACUGCCAUUCAUCAAGUUGAGCAACACGACAUGUUGGGCAUGAUCUUUUGCAGGAAGUGGCUGUGAGAAUGGCCUCGUUUACAUGUGACAUUUAAUUCAGAAUGAACUCAAUUUAAUUCUGAAUGAAGCUUUAUUCCGCUUUGAAAAAGUAAUGUAAACACUUCACAAUUUGGAAUUAAAUGAAAGUACAAUGUAAACUCGACAGAACUAUUUAAUUCGGAAUUAUUAAUUCAGAAUUAAAAGCAUCAUGUGAACGUAGCCAAUGUAGCCUUACCAGCUGCUGCAAGUGAAGCAUCAUAAAGAGUAGACCUGAGCUCUGCCAAGACAACACCCGGCUCCAUCCGCCAGAAGGGCACAGAUUUGCAAUGAAAUGGUUUGGAGACAGAAUAACUAAACUGACAGCAAUGGUCCACAUUUAGCCAUUGAUAAUUGGCACGGAUAUUGUAUUGAUCAUGCAAUAAUGCACAUAAUGUAUUGAUGAUCAUGAAGACAUUGCAUUACAUUGUUGUUAUAAACCCAAUUUGCAGAACUUCAAUUUUUUCAAUGAAAGUGAUUUUAUGAUAAUGAAUGUCUGGAUGCAAGACAGCUUCUAUUACUCUUUAAGUCACUUACAGCAGCUUCAAACCAAUUAUGCCUGCGUAUAGUCCACAUAUAUUACCAACUGUAGACUUGACAAGAAUAUCAACAAUAGGCUAUGUAUCAACGUUUCAUCAUGUCAUAAUUCAAUUCAACUGUCAAUUCAUAAAUGUCUUUUUUUUCCUUUUGUAAUUAACCACUGUUUUGUAAAUGUAUAGUAUACAAAGAUUUGUUUAGGAAAGUGACAUUCACAAAGAUAAACGUGAAUGCCACUGAGACUGUGUCGUGUCCUCUGAAUUGCCUCUUACUUGUGACUUGACCAGCGCUCGGCCAUUUUGCUUUGCCAAGAGUUAAGGCUGCCCCUCCAAUGCCACACCUGGUGUACUGUAACCUAGCAGCCCUUACACAAAAAAACUUUCUUUUUUAAAAUAUAAUUAUUAUUUUUUUUAAACUGCUGCUCUUUGCAGGCGGGCAUGCGCAAAUAUCUGAACUGCUGCUGCUGCUGUUUUAAGUUCACCAUGUUACAGGUGUGUGUGUAUCAGCAGGCAUGUGUGGGAGUGGCAUCUCACGCCUACGCGCUAUUGUCAUCGCCUGAGCUCUGGCUUAACCUGAGUGUAUCAUGCCACCAAGUGCCCAGGGUCAAAAUAAAAAAGAGCCUUUUUUUUGUAAUCAUUUCAUCGUUUCUCGUUGUUUGUUUUUGUUUGUUUUCUUCCCUAUUGAUUUCUAGUGUUUGUCCAUUCUUAGGAAAAAAGGUGCUGGGGCUGGAUGUAUCUCAUCCAUGCCUGUGCAAGGAAAUAAAUGAAAGAUCUAUGUCAAAAAAUGGCUUCCUUGGGCCUACAUGUAAAGACUAGGAGAAUGUUUAGACUCCUACUGAGGAUCCUUCUCCCUUAUGGUGAAGGAAGGUCUUUCUUUAAAAUAAAAGUCU